GUCAAAUGCUCGCCUGCAUGGUGCACAGUUGGAAGAAUCGCUCAUCUCUUCAAGCCUUUUGGGCUACACCAAGUAGCUUCUAAAGCUACGCCUGCAACAUCAUCAGCAGCAUCAAUUAAUAUAUAGACAACAUCAACAUGGCUUGUGCACCUUUAUUACUGGAGAACUUUAUCUACAAGAAGCGCAACUUUGUGUAUGCUUUUGUGCGCCAUCGUCUCUUUGUGUUAUGUAAACAAUCGUUAAUACGCGUGCAGUCUGCAGAGGGCAUCAAGCGAGUCGAGAUCUCGCCAAAGUCAAAUCUAAAGCAGUUCUAUGAUAGCGUUCAGAACGCGCUCAAAGUUGAUGGAUUUGGCCUGUUCUUGGAGCGCAAUUUUGCUACAGAGCUGCAGGCCAGUGGCUCACAGCUGGUGGGCAGCACGCUCAAGCAUGGCGACAUGGUUUACUUAAAACAAAUAGCGGGCACGUCAUCACGACGUGCUAGCACAACUGCAAUGGAGACUGUGACUUUCAAUGCAGCUGCCAAGCAGUCUAGCGAAAAGAUCAGUAAUAUUCGUCCCUCCAGCAAUGUCAUUGAAGAUGAAGUCGAUCAGCAGCUGUUUAAAUCUGAUGGCACCAUCAAGCGUGAUCGCGACACAAAGCUUUGUCAUCACAAUGCCAAUGGACGGUGUGUUCAUUGCUCGCCACUGGAACCAUACGAUGAGAACUAUCUGAAGGAGCACAAUAUUAAGCACUUGUCGUUUCACUCGUAUCUGCGCAAGCAAACCUCUGGCAUGGAUCAUGGCAAGUACUUUGUCUUCGACGACAUCAAUUGCCGCAUCAAGCCUGGCUGUCGUGAGCAUCCGCCGUGGCCCAAGGGCAUUUGUUCCAAGUGUCAACCAUCGGCUAUCACACUAAAUCGUCAGACUUAUCGCCAUGUGGACAACGUCAUGUUUGAGAAUACCAAAAUCGUGGAGCGCUUUUUGAACUAUUGGCGUACCACGGGCCAUCAGCGUAUGGGCUAUUUGUAUGGCACGUAUGAACAGCAUACGGAUGUCCCACUUGGCAUUCGCGCCAAGGUGGCGGCUAUUUAUGAGCCACCACAAGAAUCAUCUCGUGACUCGAUUAAUAUAUGUCCCGAUGAGGGUGCCGAUGAUGUGGAGGCUGUGGCCAGCGCUUUGGGACUUAAAAAAAUUGGUUGGAUAUUUACUGAUUUGAUUACGAAAGAUGCUACCGCUGGAACUGUGAAGCAGAUUCGCGGCAUUGAGACGCACUUCCUGACUGCCCAGGAGUGCAUAACUGCGGGAGAACUGCAGAACCGACAUCCCAACCCUUGCAAAUAUGCCACAAAUGGCAAUUUUGGCUCCAAGUUUGUCACCAUUUGUGUGACAGGGGAUUCUACCCAUCAGGUGCACAUGGAGGGUUAUGCUGUGUCCGCACAAUGCAUGGCUUUGGUGCGGGAUAAUUGUCUGAUACCUACGAAAGAUGCUCCAGAAUUGGGCUAUGUACGCGAAUCGACUGAUAAACAAUACGUGCCGGAUGUAUUUUACAAGGAGAAGGAUCAAUAUGGUAAUGAAGUUCAACGCUUGGCGCGUCCAUUGCCAGUGGAAUAUUUGCUGGUGGAUGUGCCAGCAUCAACACCGUUGCAACCGCAAUACACAUUCACGGAGUACGACAAGCGCCAGGCAUUCCCUAUUGAGAAUCGUUAUAUUGAUGGACACCUACAGGAUUUCAAUGCGCUGAGUAGUUAUCUGUCAGCCUGGGCCAACGAGGAGUUUCUUGAGGCCAUUUCAGACUUUCACUUGCUGAUCUAUCUGUAUAAAAUGGACAUGCUACCAUUGCGUCAACACAUGGGACCCUUGCUGGAGGCUGUGCGCUCAAAGAAUCCCAACAAGGCGGCCGAUUUCAAAGGCGAUGAAGUAUGGAAAUUGCUCGAAUCACUUGUCCAAGCUAGCUCCAGUGGUAGUGGCGGAACGACCAGUUAUCCAAGUGGCGCUGCGGCCAAUGCUGGAAGUGCAGGUGCUGAUCCCAUGGAUUUGGAUGCCAACACCUGGACUUGCAAUCACUGCACGUUCAUCAAUCGCGGCGAGUUGACCUCCUGCGAAAUAUGCUCGCUACCUAGAUAAGGAUAAAUAUUUUGUGCAUGCAUAGAAGUCAGAGCAACACUAUGAAAUUCUGGUGUUAAUGAAACUAAAGAUUCAAUCAUACUUACUAUAGCAGGAGGCAGGAAGAUAUGGCGUGGCAACACAACCUCGUAGCAUGCCGCGCGUUCUCUAUAAAUAUAACAUUGUAUAAGAGUUUUAUAAAAAAAAUUUAAUUUAUUUUUAAAUAAAUUUAAAUUGUUGAGUAUACUUCAAAA